AUGGGCAAUUCAUCCUCCAAGACCGCCUCGCGCGCUGCCGCAGCCGCGAAGCGCUCAUACCCAUCCACCGCGGCCUCCACAACUACACCCCGAGCACCGCUACAAUCCUCACCAGCAGCAGCAGCAGCACAAGUGCAUCCGUCUCCCGCCACACACCCACCCUCCACUGAGAAAUCUCAAAUUGUCGAACUCGACGCCCGAGACCCUGACUUCGCCUCCUCCCUCUCCCGUGCCGGCCGCGCCCAAAGAGUCCCACAACCACCAUCCCCAACCUCAAAUGCCGCACAACCCCAGUCCGCUUUUCCGACUUCCGCCCAGCCUCCGCACCUCCAACAAGCGCCCUCAGGUCAGCACAUCUUCCCCACCAGGAGCGAUAUGCAGGGUGGUGCCGGUAUCAGCAGUAGCAGCACAAAUCCAGCACUCCAGAUCGUGGCCGCGAAGGAGAGAACGGCAAGGCAGUGGGCGGCGGAGCAAGACAGCAUCGGGCGGAAAGGGUUUGAGGGACGGACGCUGCUCGCCGCGAAGGACUGGAAGGAGGCCUUUCGAUUGAGGGAGGAGGGUGGACUGGCGGAUCAGGAGGUGGAGAAGGCGAUGCGAUUGAAGAGAGGCGUCUUGAGUGGCGUGCCAAUGGGAGUGGUGGGUAACGUUCAGGCGUAG